UCCAGCUGGAAAUCGAGUCUUUUAGACUCGAUUUCCACGUGUAUUCCAGACUGAAAUCGAGUCUUAGAGACUCGGUUUCCAAUUGGGGAUUUUCAAAUUUAACGUCUUCGUCUAUUGCAUUUGUCUCACUUUCACUCACACUCACGCUCACACCCUCUCACUCUCACACAAACCAGAGCGCUCUCACUCUCUCACCCUCAGUCUUACAUUUUCAUUUCCCACACUCACAAAACUCUCUCAUUUUCUCUCUAUCUCUCACACGGCCUCUGACAUUCACACACGCUCACACACACACAGAACCCCGCCGGCGUCGACGAGCAGAGCCCAGCCCAGCCCAGCGACGACGCCGACGAGGCUGAGCCCAGCCAUCGGCUCCUCUCCUCGUCGAUCUCUCUCUCCCUCACUAGGAGAUCCUUUCUCCUUUUCUCCCUCUCUCUCAUUACCACCCCCAUACCCAUUCCGAUUUUGGUUGAUGACAUUCUUGCUUGGAUAGUGCAUAUUGUUGCUGCCAUCCUUAAGACUUUCCAAAUUUCUGGCUUCAGUAUGGAUGCUGCAAAUGCUGGACGGAUUGACCAUACACGGCCUGGCCCUAUUGACGAUUCGGUGUUAACGUUGCAGUCCACCCAUCGAUCAGAAGCUAUUUGGAAUGGGCAGGAUCCAGGGGCCCUUACUUGCCGUGGCCGUACUGAAGAGUUCUCCAACCGAGAACCAAUGGUAGAUGAUCGAGUUGUUGAUAUUAUUAAGGCAUUGGGCUUGGAGGGACUGCUGAGGCAGCCGGGUAGAGAGCUUGACCACGGCCUAAUUACAGCCUUAGUGGAGCGAUGGCGGCCCGAGACUCACACCUUCCACAUGCCACAUGGUGAGAUGACCAUUACAUUGCAGGAUGUGGAGGUGAUUCUCGGGCUUCCUAUCGAUGGUGACGCUGUAACAGGGAGCACACAGAAAACUUGGACGGCUGUGUGCGAGGAGUUCCUUGGCUUUCAACCUAUAACUCAAGACCAGCAUAAGGAACUUCAUGGCCAAAGGAUUCUCAUCAAACGGCUUUUGGAGCAAGUUGCUAAUCCAUUGCCGCCUAAUGCCGAAGAGGAUGAGCUGCAUAAGUACGCACGAUGCUAUAUCCUAGCGCUACUAGGGGACACAAUAUUCAUGGACAAAUCUGGCGAUAGGGUGCAUCUAAUGUGGGUGCAGCAGUUGGAAGACCUUCGCAACCCACGAAGGUACAGUUGGGGGAGUGCUUGCCUUGCAUGGUUGUACCGAGAGCUAUGCAGGGCAAGCCAUAAGGAAACCAGUCAAAUCGGUGGAUGCUUACUGUUGCUGCAGUAUUGGGUAUGGGCCAGGUUCCCUUAUUUGUGCCCGGCAAUUGAGCGUGGCCCACCAGCAGGCGCUUAUGGUCCUCCAGCGCGUGGUCCUCUAUACCUGAAGUGGGCGUGAGUCCCAAACAAGAAAAACAGGCCUGCCCACAUCUUCAGGGAUAGGUAUCGCCAGCAAAUAGCUUCAAUGCUGCCAAGCCAGGUGGUGUGGCAGCCAUAUGAAGCUGAUUUUGAGCACCUUCCGCCAUGGUGCGUUGCAGGGAGGGCUGUGUGGACGGCAACGGUG